AUGUGCCAAGGGAAUUACGACCUGGAUAGUGAUGAUGAUUGUGUUAUCGAUAUCCCAUUCAACGGAGAUUUGAUGAUUUCACAGCAACAUAAUCUCCAAGAGGAAGACGAAGGUUUCUUUGGUAUCCUAUUCAAUGAAGACUGGCUGAAUUGGCGGCAACACAGGGAUUUCCUGUUGAACAGGAUUUCGCAGCUGAGACCUGGUGAUUCUGGACGAAAUGGAGACUAUUUGGAGGAAUUUCUACCCAAAAAAGAUGAUGCUGAUGUUGUGGAAGAGAAGGUUAUGGAAGAUGGGAAUCAUUUGGCAGGCUUGAACCCGAAAGCAGUUGCAGAGAUUAUGGAGAAGAAAGACUUGAAGAGGCUGCAAGAGCUGGGUGGAGCUGAAAAAGUGGCCUCCAUUUUGGGCUCUGAUGUGGGUGUUGGAAAAGUUGCAGAAGGCCAGCAGUCGGCAAACUUGGACACCACCAUCACGGUCUAUGAAAUUCAUCACUUCAUCCUCAAAGCUUGCCGAAAAACGGACAAAAUCUUACUCUUCUUUCAAGCUGUGUUCACUCUUGCAUGUGGGAUGGUAGAAGGCGGCCUCAAAACAGGGUGGCAUAUUGGGGUUGCUAUACUUGUUAUCUGGUUUAUUCGGGUGGCUUAUCCUUCAGUCUCUAGCUUCUUUGGUGUAAGGAAGAUGGAGAAGAGGUUAAACAAGAGAAACAGAGUGGAAGUAGAGGUUGUGAGAAGCGGAAAGUCCCAAAUAAUCAGACUCUGUGAUAUUGUGGAGGGCGACAUAGUCCGCUUGAGUGAGGGCAAUCUGAUUCCGGCUGAUGGUUUGUUGGUGAGUGGAAACAGGAUGGUGGUGGAUGGGGCAUUACACAAAGAAAUCAGCUGCAAUGGGAACCCUUUUCUAUACUAUGGUUCCAAGGUAGUUGAAGGGCAUGGUCGCAUGCUGGUCACUUCUGUUGGUACAAAUAUGGAAUUGAGCAAGCUUAUGAGCUCUGUUACCAAUUACCAGGACAAGGAGUUACUGUUCAAAGCUCGGCUCAAGAAGCCCAGUCCUUAUGCAGAUAUUGAUGAUCAGAACAAGGAGGCACUGCUAGAAGACCGGAUUGGCAAACCUCUUGGUUGGUUAGGCAAUUUUGCACUACUUAUGCCGAUAUUCUGUGUUGUGGUUAAAUUUAUACUUUUCUUCUUUUGGAAGAAUAAAAAAAGUAAUGUAGUCCAAACGCUGAAGGGUGCUAUUGGGGUGGAGUGGGCAAUAAAGCUUUUGAAGCAGAUAUUGGACAAGGGAGGAAAGAUGAAUCUUUUGGCAGCCAUCAUCCCUACAUUGGUGUUUGGAUUACAGCAUGGGGUAAAGAUUGUAAUUUCAAUUUGCCUUAACUACUGGAAUGUGAUAAGGGGAUCCAGUGAGGUAACCCCUCAAAAUUUGUCUGCCCCUGGUACCAUGGGUAUUGUCACAGUCAUCUGCAUAGAUGCAUCUGGAGGGCUACUGUAUGAGAAGAUGGACAUUAGCAGAUUCUGGAUGGGGCAAGAAGCUAUAGAUGAUCAGAGCCAUUCUGAAGUCUCCCCAGCAGUGCUUGAGGCUCUGAGCAGUGGAGUUGGUGCAUCAGCUCUUGUGCCUGAAAUUCAUAGUAUCCCAACAGAUGAUGUUCUCAUUUCAUGGGCAGAAUUAGUGUGGGGAAUGAAUAUAGAGUUUCUGAAGCAGAGGUUUACCAUUAUCAACUAUGGAAAACUAAGUUCCACCAAGGAAGGGAGAGGGGUUGUGUUGAGAAAAAAUGGUAGUGAUGAGAACAUUAUGCACUUGCACUGGAAAGGAGAUGCAAAAACAAUUUUGGACAUGUGCUCACAUUACUCCAAAUGCAGAGGUGAAAUUCAUGGCAUUGAAGAUCAGAAAAGUGAAUUUGAGAAAGUGAUUAAAGAGAUGCAGGAUGACAGUCUCCAACCCAUUGCAUUUGCUUACAAGCAGACAGACGUCGAACAACUUGAGGAGGAUGGGUUGAUCUUAUUAGCACUAGUAGGAGUUAAGUACCAAUUUCAGGAAGAGAUGAAAUCAGUGGUCAAGAAUUUCCAAAGUGCUGGAAUAAGAAUCAAAUUGGUAUCAGAGAAUGAGCUGUCAACCUCAAGGGCCAUGGCUUGUGAGCUUGGAAUAUUUACUCCUGGUUCAAUCAAUGGGAUACUUGAAGGCCAAGAGUUCAGGGAACUGACAUAUGAUGCAAGGAAGGAAAGAGUUGAUCAGGUCACUGUAAUGGGAAGUUCUCUCCCUGAAGAUAAGCUUCUCAUGGUAAAGUCCUUGAAAGAAAAAGGGGAUGUAGUAGCAUACAUUGGAGGAUGGACAGGAAGAGAUGCACCGGUUUUGAAAGAAGCUGAUAUAGGGAUCACAGUUGGAACCUGGAGCACAGAAAUGACCAACGAGAUCUCUGACAUUGUUCUUGCUUCAGACAAGAGUUUCAGUUCACUAAUCCCAGUAUUGGAGUAUGGUAGACAUGACUACCACAAGAUUGGUAAGUUCAUUGAGAUUCAGCUCAUCAGUAACAUUUCUGUGUUACUGAUCACUGCUGUUGAAACAAUAUGCUUGGGAGACUCCUCAAUAACAAUUGUGCAAUUCCUAUAUGUAAAUCUGAUUUUGGGGCUUUUGGGUGGUCUGCUGCUUGGAAUGAAGCCACAAUGCAAGGAACUAAGGAACAAUCAACCUGACAAGAGAAAUGCAUCAAUUAUAACCAAGGAGAUGUGGAUAAACAUAUCACUACAAGUAUCCUAUCAGGCCAUAGUUUUGCUGGUGUUUCAGUUCAAGGGAACAGCUAUCCAUGGCACAAAUCCCAUGGACCGAAAAGCCAUGGUUUUCAAUGGUUUUAUCCUAUGCCAGGUCUUCAAUUAUGUCCAUCCCUUGUUCAAGGCAGGUAAGUACCCCUUUUGGCUGUUUUUAGUGCCAUUCACAGUCUUGCAUGUGGUGGUGGUUACUGAACUUUGGGGGGAGUUGAGUAGGGUGCAGUGGGCUUUCUGUUUCCUCAUUGCUGCAUUUGCAUGGGGGGUAAAUUUGGCUGCUGUUUUGAUCUCAAUCCUCAUCAAAUGGCAGUUUGGAUCAGCUGUUUUGCCUAAUGGGUUCUCAAGGCUGAUACCUCUUGCCCAAAGCCUGGAAUCCUCAUCUUCCACACCUUCUCUUCCAACCAGCCAUUGCCCAGCUUUUCUCCUAAAGUUUCAGUGUUGUUAA